GCGCCGCUUCUCUCCGCGCGGUCUUCCCCCCGGAACGUUCCUUUUCUUCUUGUCGCCUCCUACUGAGGUCAUCCUAGAUCCGGCACUCCUCACCGGAUCCGGCGCCGCUCCCCUGGAUUGACCUCCCUCAUCCCUUCCUCAUCUUUUCCUUGGUCUCCAUCUUCCCUAGUCUGACCAGCACGGAACCAAAUCCUCACGUGAAGGUUAGCGCGCGGAGGAUUACCUGCCGUGGGAACCGCAACGCCCCAGCCGAGGCUCCUGGGAAAUGUAGUUUCUGCACGGAACCCGCCUUGGCCUGUGGGGGGGGGUGGUUAAGGGCGGGGCCCUAUCUGCGCAGGCGCGCGAUAUCAUUUUCCCCGCCACGCGCUGGUACGGGCGCCUGCUGCCGAUUCGCCCUCUGGGAAGUGGAGUCUGCGAAACCGAAGCUCUGCUGCUCUCGGACCUGUGGGAAUCCGGCUCAGCCGUUCCCUCGGUAACGCGCAAGCGCAGUUGCGAGACGGACUGCAGACUCCAGCUCAUUGUGUUCUGCCUGCGAUGUGGCGGUGGCGGUUUCUCGCCGCGGGCAGAGGCUCUUCGAAGGGCAACCAAGUGGUGACUAGGCACGGGAGCCAAAGCAGCAUCGGGAGAGCGGGAGCAGCCUUGGGGUGAUGGAACUCGGUGGGAAGGGCGGAUGAAAACCGAGGCUCAUCAGAGAAGAAGGAAUGGCAGUCAGGUGCCUGCCAACCAUGGUCCAGGAGUCAGUGACCUUCAAGGAUGUGGCCGUGCUUUUCACCCAGGAUGAGUGGGCGCAGCUGAGCCCUGCUCAGAGGGCCCUGUACAGGGAUGUAAUGUUGGAGAACUACAGCAACCUGGUGUCCCUGGGGCUCUUAGGACCCAAGCCAGAUAUGUUUUCCCAGCUGGGAAAAGGGGAAGAACGGAUGCCGGAGGACUCCUUGGGAGGCUUCUGUCUUGACUGGAUGACUAUGCCUGUGAGUAAGAUAUCUACUCCCAAGGCAGAUAUUCCUGAAGGAGAAUUGGGUCAGUGGCUGAUAAAGGAAAGAUUCACUAGAGAUAGUCACUGGAAAUAUGAUAGCCUGGAAUGGCAGCAUGGAGGCCAAGAGAUAAAGUUGCAGCAAGUGGUGCUCGCUCAUGAUAAAACCUCAUCUGUUGUUGGUGACCAGAAGUGUGAUGAAUCUGGGAAGCACUGCACCAUGAGCUCACCUGUCAUUCAAAGUCAGGGAUUUCAAUCUAGCAAAAAAACCUUUGAGUGUAGUGAGUGUGGAAAAGUCUUCACUAAGAGUUCAACCCUCAAUAAACAUCAGAAGAUUCAUACCGAAAAACUUAAUGCAACUCAGAAAAUUCUUAUUAAAGAGAAGCGAUAUGAAUGUAGAGAAUGUGGGAAAGCCUUUCACCAGAGCACACACCUCAUCCAUCACCAAAGAAUUCACACUGGUGAGAAGCCAUAUGAAUGUAAGGAAUGUGGCAAGGCCUUCUCAGUGAGCUCCUCGCUUACUUAUCAUCAGAAAAUUCAUACUGGAGAGAAACCUUUUGAAUGCAACUUAUGUGGAAAAGCAUUUAUCCGAAACAUACACCUUGCCCACCAUCACAGAAUACACACUGGAGAGAAGCCUUUUAAAUGUAACAUAUGUGACAAAGCCUUUGUGUGCAGGGCACACCUUACCAAACACCAGAAUAUUCAUAGUGGAGAGAAACCCUAUAAAUGUAAUGAAUGUGGGAAAGCCUUCAAUCAGAGUACAAGUUUUCUUCAGCAUCAGAGAAUUCACACUGGAGAGAAGCCUUUUGAAUGUAAUGAAUGUGGAAAGGCCUUCAGGGUGAACUCUUCCCUUACUGAGCAUCAAAGAAUUCAUACUGGAGAGAAACCUUAUAAGUGUAAUGAAUGUGGGAAAGCUUUCAGGGAUAAUUCAUCCUUUGCUCGACAUCGGAAAAUUCAUACUGGAGAGAAACCUUACAGAUGUGGUUUGUGUGAGAAAGCCUUCAGGGACCAAUCAGCCCUAGCCCAGCAUCAGAGAAUUCAUACUGGAGAGAAACCUUAUACGUGUAAUAUAUGUGAGAAAGCCUUCAGUGACCAUUCAGCCCUCACUCAACAUAAGAGAAUCCAUACUAGAGAAAAACCCUAUAAAUGUAAAAUCUGUGGGAAAGCCUUUAUCCGAAGUACACACCUGACUCAACAUCAGAGGAUUCACACAGGAGAGAAACCCUAUAAAUGUAAUAAAUGUGGGAAAGCUUUCAACCAGACUGCAAACCUCAUUCAGCACCAGAGACAUCAUAUUGGAGAAAAGUGAUACAGAAGAGCUUUGAGACUGAGUGUGUUAAUUGUUGAAUGCAGGAGAAUCCAUUCUACAGAAUAACCAUGAAAGCUUACGUGAAGAUAGUCAUUUUAUUUCCUGAGAGUGAAGAUUCACAGUAGUGUGGGUUUUGCGAACUUAAGAAUGGCAGACACUCCUCAUCAUUCAGAACUGCCUCAAUUGAAUAGCAGUAAUGUUUAAUUAGUCUGAAUUACCAAGUAUCAGAACCAAAGUGGACCUUCAUUAACAACAUAGAAAUCAGCUGACCAUUAAGAGAAAUUAUAAAAUUAUAAAAAUUAAGGUUGAGAGCGAAGGAACAAAAAAGUAAGAAAAUGGUCAAUAUGCAUUUUACUGUACUUGAUUCCCUUCUUUAGGAGGGUUUCUACCUUUGAUGGAACCCUUUGUUUUCUGCACCCCCACUGCUGACACCCAGGGCAAAGAAAGAGCAGCCACCUGUGCACUGGCCUAGGAGUUACUUAAGUUAUGCUUCCCACUGUCUGCUUUAGACCACCUUUUGUCAGAUUUGCCUGGUCCAUGUGGCCACUGGCUCCUUCCUGUGUGCUCCUCCUGGGACAGUUCAUCUGAAUGGUGUGUCCCUGUUUAAUUUAGCAACUCCUAACUGGUAACAUCACGUCACUUACUUCCACCCAAGUUGCCCUUAAAGACUGGUGAUCUGACCUCACACACAGCCCAUGACUCUGAAUAUGGACCAAAUCCAGCUUUCAGAACUCGGGACACCUGUCUGGAAGGCAGAGGUUGAUCAAAAUUCCUAAGUUACCCAGUUCCUCUGGGCUUCAGCUUGACUCUGACUCUGGGAUAAUCCCUAAAGUAGGGGCUUAGUCUGUGCAGACAUUCCCCCCUACUUCUGGUUGUUUGUAGCUACUCUACACACAGCAGUCAGGGGCAUGCUCAGCUUUGGGUGUGAUGAUCCCAACAACCUAGAGGUGUUCUGGGCCACCUCCACUUCUGGGACUUGCCAUUUCCUGAUAUGCAACUCACAAGGGAGGUUAGAGCCUCAAGGGAGUUGUCACUCUUUUCCAUGACUGGGCAGUCCUCUGUGUCCACUGCAUUAGAGUAUAUUUUUUACUCCCAGAAUAUUGAACUGCUGCAUCCUGCUCCUUGCCCUGGUUUUGUCCACUUUUCUGAAGGUAUCAAUUCUGUGUACACAGAAAACAGAGGAAGCUUUGAAUUUCUGAUUUUACGUUUGGAAGUGGCCAUUUCCUCUCUUCCACCUGGGUAUUCCACCACUUAAAGAUCACCCCAUUCUGGGACUUCCCUGGUGGUCCAGUGGUUAAGAUGCUGUGCUCCCAAUGCAGGGGGCCUGGGUUCCAUCCCUUGUUAGGGAACUAGAUCCUGCAUGCCACAACUAAGACCCGGCACAACCAAAUACAUAAAUAUUAAAAAAAAAAAAAAAAAAAGUUACCCCAUUCUGACAGUGGUGAGUUGCAUGUUGAGUAAUUACAUGGGGUGGUCAACAGCACUGUGACAUUCUCUGGCAGGGGCAGUGUCCACACCCAGAAGUCUGAGUGACACUCUAGUCCUGCGGGUACAGUUCCUUUGCUAUCUUGAAUUCUUCAGUGUUGUCAGUGGAAAUCACAGAUAAAGUAACGUCUGUGUGCCUUCACACACAGCCUCUGGAGGCACCUCCCCUUCGCCACCACAAAGAAUGGGGAGCCCGCACUACUGCAGCCUGGAGCACACUACAGCAGGAAGGUGGAAGAGCAAGUCAGCUGUCGUCUGGAGGGCAGUAUGGCAGGUUUCUGGGCUGCGGAAGGGCUUUCCAUCAAGUUGGGCAACCUGCCAGCCCCGACAAACACUGCAUCUCAGCUCCAAGUUACAGGAGAGGAUAUUCUUUGUCAUGGUGGAAUCAGGACUUAAGGUUGAACAUAGACUUGGAAGCUUCCAGCAGCUUUAAAGCCCCACGUUCUCUAAAUUGAGCUUCCACCUGAUAAAGGCCACGUGUGUGGGUAUGCAUCUCCUGUUAGGUGAUCAGCAGCUCAUCCUUUCUUCCCUGUUGAGCUUCAGGGGAAGCAGCAUUUCAAGAGGUUGCUUGGAACUCUGGGCCCUGGGCCCACACAUGUUCGCCUGCAGCCUCACAUGGCUUGCAACCCCAGAUUCCAGAAUAAACUUGGGAAACUGUGCUCACUGCUACUGAGAUCUGCCUACAGUACUCUCCCUGUGGCCCGCCUGGUCCUCACUGUUACCUCCUGACCUUGAAUCCCUCACAAGAAACACACU